GUUCUUGAAAGUCGUCCUCACUUUCCCUAUUCUAGUAUUCCCUUUAAUUGGAUGUAAUCCCAUGCGAAAGAUCUUUAUGGUGAAGUUACCUAACAGGCUUGUGAAAUUGACCACUGUCAGAUUGCAAGUACGAAGUAUUCGCUCUCAAUGAGCUAUGUUAGCGCUGUACACAAACGAGCGGAAGCCAGCCAUCGAAAAAGCAGUGACUCGUCCUUACUAUUUCUUCCUGCAGCAGACUGUCACCCUGCCGCUCCAGUCAAACACAGGGCCCUGAGUUAGGUUGAUGAUAUAGGACAGCUUAUAUCGCCGCCGUCACCAAUAAUUCCAUGGCGAGUUACAGGCGGCUGGGGUCGGACACAUCGGAUCUAGCGGACUGGAUGGGCUUGCUACCUGUCUGUCUAACCUCUAUACCGCUAAGGUGUCUGGCCAUUCCAGGUUCUCAUGCCUCUUUUAGUUGUACCGUAUCACAUUUUAAUGAUAUUUCACCCGACAACUCAUUGCUAGUAAAAGUCCUGGGAAACAUUUCCUGUUGCGUGGGAAGGGAAAGGAUUUAUCAAUGGAGUCGGACUCAAGACCUUUCGGUGAAACAACAGCUUACUUCCGGUGUACGCUACUUUGAAGCCCAAGUCGCAGCUCGUUCUAGAACAGGCGAUUUCCGAGUUGUGUGUGGUCUCUAUGGAGACGAACUGAGGUCAUGCAUGACAGAAAUAAAAUCGUUUUUAGAUACGCACGAAAAAGAAGUCAUCAUUUUAGAUAUAAAUAACUUUUAUAACAUGGACGACAUUUUGCACAUGAAACUUCUUUCUAUCAUUACACAUUGCUUUGAUGACAAACUAUGUCCGUUUAACACAGGAAGUGACGUCAGUUUGAAUUCCUUAUGGAAUCAGGGUUACCAGGUCAUUGUGAUAUAUCAUCAUGAAAUUAUCAAUGAAUACGAUAAUUUCUGGCCUGGAACUUCAAUAAACUAUUAUCCACCAGUAGCCCCUGUCACAUCAGCCGAACUCAUACUCCAACUAGAAAAACAUUCUGAGAAUGCGCCAGAAACAAAACAUUUCAAGUGCUUAAGGGGAAUAGUCUCGUAUUCAAAACGGAAGUGUCUCUCGCGGUUGUCAAGUUCCAGGAAACAUGAAAUUUCGACCAAAGUGACACCCGAAAUUACAACGUGGUUACAAGAAAAACACAGAGAGAACAUUAACAUUGUCAUCGUCGAUUAUAUGCACUUGUCGAACUUUGUAAGGCAUCUUGUAUACCAAAAUGCGUCAAGGGGAAGUAACUCAACAAGGGUGUCGCUGACAAACGGUGAAAUGUCGGUACCACAGGAGCAGGUCACAAUCUAAUCAAUCAUCUAGAUGAGCUAGCUUUCAUACACUUCCUCUUGCCAUUACCAGUACAAUUUCCCCAUGACCAUUACUAGUAGCAGUAUAAUUUUAGAAAUGUUGCAUGUAAAUGUUGUAGUUUAGGUAUAACGAAUGCUGGUAUGACGCUAAAAACAACUAAGGUAACAUGUGCGGAUCUAGAGGAGUCUGAAGGCUAAUUGCGUUUUCUGGGUUGGUCCGAGGCCUUUUUUCGGUAAUAUUGCUGUGUGGAUUUAGGAAAUUUAGGAUCCCCUCCCACCACUUUAUAUCCGUGUAUGCAGUUUAUUUGCUUAACGUAUGCAAGUCGUUUGCCAUGAGACCCUUAAUGUACACAGGAUUUAUGAGAUUCACAAUGAUGAACAUGAAGGAAAGAAAACAUUAUUUUCAAGUCAACUAUUGGGCCGAUAACUUUGAAAGAUGUAUUAUAAUAAAUUAUUAGAUUAAGGUAGUGUUUGAAAUUCUCUCAUACAAUUGCAAUUGCUUGUUUUAAUUUGCACAAAAGAUUUAUGAAAAUAAAAAUAAAUUGAAAUAACUGAAGUUUUUUUUAAAAGAUAUUGUAUUGCAUCUGUGACAUUAUCAUUGGAUUAACCCUGGUGCAUAUCGCUCAUCUUGUUAUUACGAGCUUUUAUUGUGAAGUUAUAAUUAUUGAACCGUACUACAAAACCUCUAAAUGUAAGCAUUUAGUAUUUGAGUCAUAAUUCAUAUAGAAUCGUUUUUUACUAACAGGUAAAAGAAUGGUCAUAAUUAUCCUGUCUGUUUCUCUCUGGUUAAAAUAAUUCGGAUGGACUGCAUGGUUUGUCUAUCCAAUUUUGUUUUCAACCAGAAAGCUACAAAUCUGCAGAUAUCCUGGAGAAUUUAAAGUUGAAAUUUAUACACUAGAAACAUUAAAGAACUGAAAUAUGGGGAAUUUUGAUAAAGCCUUAUAAUCAUUAAAUCAUUCCUGAAGUGUUUUUUAAAUACCAAGAUGGGUAUUAAUUUAAAAUCUAAGUAAAGCAGUGUUGUAUGUCGUAACUGCAAAACAAUUAUAGCUUUACGAUCGGGAAACCCGUUUCGGGCGACAGCUCCAAAAAACAAAAAAAAAAAAACUUAGAUUGAAUGGCAAGCCAUUUAUUAUUUUUUUCAAAACCAAUCGAUCCUUUAAUAUAGUUCAAUUGAAAAUAAAAGUAUAUAUUAUCAGAUUAUCUAUGUUUCCCGCGGGCCUCCAGUUGAGGUAUUGAUGAUUUGGCACAACACAUGUUUCAGCAAUUUAUACGUGUCUGUGUGAUAGAACAGGUUGCAAGUGAUUUUAAUUAUUGGUUGUUUGAAUAAAUUUAUUAAUGCUGUCAUAUAUGUUUCUAUAUUAUACAGUUUUAUUCAAGUUCUUUAUUUGGUAAAGUCACUUGUGGGUUUCCAUUCAUGUAAAGUAGAGAGUAUUCAGAUUGUUGUUCAUGGUCUAGUGAUUCUUUACUUUGGUUGGAUUGUU